AUGUUGUUGUCAUCCACUUGCAUGUAUUCUCUACCAAGUACAUUCUCCACUAGCCCAGCUGUAAAGAUUAAGGAUCUGGCGCUGAAGCUUUCAGGGAAGAAAAUCAAAGCUGGCAACCCCAAGAGCAUCAAGUAUGACACCGUUUCUGAAGAGGUUCCAUACGGCUACAUUGCUGGUGGAAGCGCAAGUUCAACCCCUGCUUUGGACUACACAAACCCCAAUCAAUCCCCAAAUGGUAACAUCACCCCUGGAGGGCGUCAACCUCAACCACCAGCUGGUAGUGUAGCGAUGGUGGACAUGACUGGAUCCAACAAGUGGAUAGUAAAGAUGGAGCCAGGUGCUCACAUCACCGUUGUGUCUCUUCCUACUGGGGGCAAUGAUCUCAAAGGCAUUCGCUUCAGCCGAGACAUGUUUGAUAAGCCGCGAGCCCAGAGGUUGUGGGCUGAGAAUUACGACAAGAUCAGGGAGCUUCAUAAUAUCCAGAAUUUAAAUCAACAUGUUUUCAACCAUCCUGCAAGGUCUGAUGAUGAUGAGAUUAAGGAUCUGGCGCUGAAGCUUUCAGGGAAGAAAAUCAAAGGUGGCACCUCCGAGAGCAUCAACGCAAGUUCAACCCCUGCUUUGGACUACACAAACCCCAAUCAAUCACCAAUUGGUAACACCAUCCCUGGAGGGCGUCAACCUCAACCACCAGCUGGUAGUGUAGCGUUGGUGGACAUGACUGGAUACAACGAGUGGAUAGCACAGAUGGAGCCAGGUGUACACAUCACCGUUGUGUCUCUUCCUACUGGGGGCAAUGAUCUCAAAAGGAUUCGCUUCGUUCGAGACAUGUUUGAUAAGUCGCGAGCCCAGAGGUGGUGGGCUGAGAAUUGCGACAUGAUCAUGGAGCUUCUUAAUAUACAGACUUUAAAUCAACGUGUUUUCAUCACUCCUGCAAGGUCUGAUGAUAAUGAGAACUCGGGGAAUCUGAACAAGAUAUCCUAA